GCGCGGCGCGGGGACACGCGAGCCGAGCCAAGCCGAGCCGGGCCGAGCCGAGCCGGGCCGGGGCAGCACAGCCGCGGCGCGUGUGCCCGCCUCCAGUCCGGCGCGGGACUUGGUCCAUGGAGGGCGGCGGCAGCUGAGGGGGCACCGGCGGCGGCCAGGGGCGCGGGGGCUGGAGCGGCGGCGGCCAAGGGGCGCGGGGCGCGAGCCGCGCAGGCAGCCAAGAUGGAGCAGGUCCUGGACAACCUCGCCGAGCUGCCCCGGGCGGCAGGGGCCGGAGAGAUAGACCUCAUCUUCCUCAAAGGCAUCAUGGAGAACCCCAUCGUGAAGUCCCUCGCGAAGGCUCACGAGAGACUGGAGGAUUCCAAACUGGAAGCGGUCAGUGAUAACAACUUGGAACUCGUGAAUGAAAUUCUGGAAGACAUCAGCCCGUUAGUAAGCGUCGACGCCAAUGUGGCCGAGCUGGUCAGGAUCCUCAAGGAGCCCCACUUCCAGUCGCUGCUGGAGGCCCAUGACAUCGUGGCCUCCAAGUGCUACGACUCUCCUCCCUCCAGUCCGGAGGCCAACCACGCCUCGGUAAAUAACCAGCUGCUGCCGGUGGACGCCAUUCGCAUCCUGGGGAUCCACAAGAAAGCCGGGGAGCCCCUGGGGGUGACGUUCAGGGUGGAGAACAACGACCUGGUCAUCGCCCGCAUCCUCCACGGAGGCAUGAUCGACCGCCAGGGGCUGCUGCACGUGGGGGACGUCAUCAAGGAGGUGAACGGGCACGAGGUGGGCAGCAACCCCAAGGAGCUGCAGGAGCUGCUCCGGAGCAUCAGCGGCAGCGUCACCCUCAAGAUCCUGCCCAGCUACCGGGACGCCGUCACCCCCCAGCAGGUGUUUGUCAAGUGCCACUUCGAUUACGAUCCCUACAAUGACAACCUGAUUCCCUGCAAAGAGGCCGGACUGAAGUUUUCCAAAGGAGAAAUUCUUCAGAUUGUCAACCGCGAAGACCCAAACUGGUGGCAGGCGAACCAUGUGAAAGAGGGAGGCAGCGCCGGCCUCAUCCCCAGCCAGUUCCUGGAAGAGAAGAGGAAGGCGUUUGUGAGAAGAGACUGGGACAGCCCAGGGCCCUUUUGUGGAACUAUAAGCAGCAAGAAAAAGAAGAAGAUGAUGUAUCUCACGACCCGAAAUGCAGAGUUUGACCGACACGAGAUCCAGAUCUACGAGGAGGUGGCCAAGAUGCCCCCCUUCCAGAGGAAGACGCUGGUGUUGAUCGGGGCGCAGGGGGUCGGCCGGAGGAGCCUGAAGAACAGGUUCAUCGUGCUGAACCCCUCCCGGUUUGGGACCACCGUGCCGUUCACAUCCCGGAAGCCGAGGGAAGACGAGAAGGACGGGCAGGCGUACAAGUUCGUGUCGCGCGCUGAGAUGGAGGCGGACAUCAAGGCCGGGAAGUACCUGGAGCACGGCGAGUACGAGGGCAACCUCUACGGCACCAGGAUCGACUCCAUCCUGGAGGUGGCGCAGACCGGGAGGACGUGCAUCCUGGACGUGAACCCGCAGGCCCUGAAGGUCCUGAGGACUUCCGAGUUCAUGCCCUAUGUGGUAUUCAUCGCCGCCCCCGAGCUCGAGACGCUGCGGGCCAUGCACAAGGCCGUGGUGGACGCCGGCAUCACCACCAAGCUGCUCACCGACACGAACCUGAAGAAGACGGUGGACGAGAGCGCCCGCAUCCAGAGGGCCUACAACCACUACUUCGACCUGAUCAUCGUCAACGACAACCUGGACAAGGCCUUCGAGAAGCUGCAGGCCGCCAUCGAGAGGCUCAGGGCAGAGCCGCAGUGGGUCCCCAUCAGCUGGGUGUACUGAUGGCCAACCGCAGGAACCUGCAAAUAAAGGGCCGCCUCCCUGGGCGGGGCGCCAGCCGGCCCCGCCUCCGCCUUUUUACUCUAGACUGAACUAGUAGAUGACUGACUUUUUAUAGAAAAUAUAGACGGGAAGCGGACUCGGAUACGUAAUUUAUCUUAAUUUUUGUAACUUUUUACAGAUCUCUUUCUACCCGGCCGCCCAGAGAGAAAUGCGUUGAAGCAUUUUGUCUGUCCUGACUCGCGUUUUUGCCUUUCUCCUCCUGUCCCAGCGCCCUUCCCAGGGCAUUUGGGCCUCCUUUUCACUGUGAUAACGGACCCUGAAGCCGUGGGGGGGAGGGGCCUCCCCGCGGCCCCAGAGCCCCCCUCCCGGCCAGGGCAUUGCAGAGAUGCCGCGUCCGGGGCCGAGAGGCACCCCAGGGAGGGAGGGAGGAAGCGCACCUGAGGAUUGGGGAACCAGAAACUCGCAGCAAAGUAUUUAUUUUCACUCGUGAAAAUGUCACUGACGAGAAAAGUACUUAAUUUAUAAAGCUUUUUAUUAUGCGGCCAGCCGUUCUCUUCAACAUCUGUCAGCCCCGCGGGAGGGCAAGACGCUUUCCCGGAAGCUCGGCUCCCUGUCCCUGACCGCCUCGCAGGAUGCUCUGACCCGCGUUUAUCAUUGGCCUCGGCCCGAAUCACUGCCAUCAUCCGCUCCAAAUGCGCCGCCCCCCCCCCCAUCUGUGCACUUGGCGGGAGGGGGCUGGGGCCUGGAUCUAGCUUGGGGGGCUCCGGGAGGGGACCCCUCCCUUCCAUGCUGGCCUUAGGUCGCGUGCUGAGCUAACAGGGCUCCGAGGCGACAGCUCCGCCUCUGCCCGCACUCCGGACCCUCCUUAGCCUUAGCAGAGGCAUUUUGUAUCACCGGAAGAGAGUCUAGAGGGGUCCAGAGUCGCGUCCGAGUGCUCCCUGCUCCUCGCGGUCACGGGGCCUUCAGGGUGGCUGCUUUAGGUUGCAGAAAGCCAGAUCUCGGCCACUUUCUGAAUGUGACCCUCGCCCUAGGCGAGACUCGAAUCUGCCCCCUCGGGAAAUCGUGGCCUUACAGGGGGCGGGGGAGGGGCGGGGGUGCAGGUCCCUCCGCGGACAGAGGGGCGGCCAGGCUGCCUUUGCGCGUGCGUCCCCUGCGUGCCUGUGGAGAAAGUCCGUCAGGAGAGGCGGGGCAGCUGGCUCCCCACCCCCACCCCCGGGGCUUCCUUUGCUCCCCACUGUCGCGGACUCAGAACCGGGGAUGGAACAUCCCGAAACGUGGACUUUCUGGGCAGAAGGGCCACACGGGGGGCUCAGUGGCCUUGGGAAUGCGGAGGCCGGGCCCAAAGGGCAGUGACUGUGCCCUGCUCGCCCCAAACCCUCGUCCCAGGAGAGGCCUUUAAGGGCCCCCAAAGAGCAAAAGUGAGCCACGUCCUGGCUUCCCAGCCUUUCCCGGAGGAUCGCCAACCCCGCCCAGGGCCACGUGACACGGAGGGGAACCCUAGAGGGUAGGCGAAGGCCGACCUUCUACUCCUGGCCUAGGAUAGCCAGACAGGCUGGAAGGUAGGGCCGCCCCUUGGGGGGAGGACCGACAGGCGGAGGGAGCUGCGCUGCCUUCUGGGCUGGAAGACUGGAGAAGACAAAGGCCCGCCUGGGGACUGGCCCGGAGGAGGAGAGGCAGGAGCGCUGCAUCUUCUGAAAGGGCCAUCCUGGAAGACGCUGGCCCGGAGCCAUGUUUGGACAGGAGGCCGUCUAAGUGGGAGCCUGGGGGCUGCCCUCAGUCGUUUCCCCUAAAAUAGAAAUGGCCUCGCGGCCCAGACCCCAGCACGGCCAGCUGUCAAUCUGAAUUUCACUUCAGGCGGCCUGCGGUGAUGGAAGCAAGACCGGCUGUGGGUCUGGGUCUCCGUCACUCACGGGCAUUCCAUCGCUUCCCCGAGGCUCAGGGCAGCCCAGUGCUAGGGACGGGCUCUGGCCAUGGGUCACAGAGGCUCCAGGACAUCUGCCUCGGGUUCGAGCUCAUGAGCCUUGAUGGCAAUGAGGAAGAGGAGUUCUGUCCAGGGAUGAAGGUGCCUGGCUUCCGCUGUUGCCCUAUUUCCUCUACAUCCGUGUCCCCCCAUUGGAUUGUAUGGUCGCCCCUCGCUCAGAGCUGACGCCCCCUAAAGGCUCUCCUGCACAAUAAAGCCAGGCGUGUUCUAUCUCAUCCCGGGCUGGGCCGCUGUCCCACCUCAUUCCAUCUUUGCUGAACGCCAAUCUUCUGGUUUCUGAUCCGCAGCGGAGAGCAGAGCGACAGCCAGCCUGCGUUGUCUAGGAAAUGCUCCUUUUCGUGUUGCAUGGAGCUGGGGGGGGGGGGCUCUCUGGGGCACCCCCCUCUCUUGGGCACCAAAGUCAAGUCCAAGUCAAGUUUGCUGCCCAGACUGGCAUUGUGAACACAGGGAGAACCAUGGUGCCCCCUCCGUGUCUGGGCUACGGUGUAGGCACCCACAGUUUGGGGGGGCAGAACCAACUGACCAGGUGCUGUCCCAGUUUGUUGGGGUGUCUCUUCUGGGUUCCGCUUUGUCCAGGGAGGUUCCACGUCUAUCUGUUUGUCCUUUGACCAUGUUGGAGGCUGGUUUUCUCCCUGCCCUUUCCCAUCCGGCUCCGGCACUCCCAGGAGGAACUUCGGAUAGGAAGAUGGGGCGGCCCCCCCAUCCCGCCUUGUUCCAGCCCAGAGGUGGGCGGUAGUCUCGCCUAUUCCAGUGGGUUUGGAGUUCUGAAUUUUUCUGUGGCUCCCCCGUCAUCCCGAAUCUUUCUGUCAAGGAAAGCAAGAAGGUUUGAUGUUCUCCUUCAUCCUCCUCAGACCCUCUGAAGCAAGCAGUCAGUUCACAAAGCUUUCGCUCCAUGCCCAGGGACGGGGUUCUUCCUCUCAUCCCUUCACUCUCCCAAAAUGUGACUUUCCGAGCCCAGGACGCAGCAACUGGACGCCCAUGUGUAAACCCCAAAGCAGCCCCAAAGGCCCGGCUCAGGAGCUCGUAAUUGGCCCAAGUUCAGACUCCCUUAAUGCACAAUCCCUUCUCGAGUCAAAGCCUUCACCCUAGAAGGAGCCCAAGUCCUCCAUCCUCUGGGAUGGUAGUGAAGAACUCGGGGUUCCUCUGCGGAUUGGGUCCAUCCUCACCCUCGAGCUCCUCCUCUGGAGCCGUGCAGCAAUGCCCCAGGGAUCAGUGCCGCCAUGCACUUGGGUAAAAGCAGUUUCACAUUCCAGGGCAGCUUAUUGGCAGCAAGUUAGGUCCGAAGGCCAGCAGCCAGGAUUUCCCUGUUUAAAAGUUGCCGACUCCCACGUGGCUCCUGAAAGAUGCUGGGACCUCGUGCCUAAAAUGCAUCUUUCUCCCAAGAUCUUCUUCAGACCUCCUGGGAGCCGCCCAUAAGGCCCAGUCAUGGGUUGGCUCAAUGGUCCUCAGAACCAGCUUUAUCACUUUCCUUUCCCACCUCCCAGGCCCCGCUGAGGGAAGCCACCCACAGGCGACAUUAAGGUGCUCAUGAAUGACUCAGGCUGAGCUGGGGGGGGGGGGGGACGGGUUCUGGUCUCGAGUCACAAGGACCUAUUUUUGGCAUGUCAGGCAGGAGGGCGAGGGUGUUGGGUCGCUUCACUCUGCUCUUGCAGGCGUUCUCCCCAUAGUCAGUGCUUAAACGUGUUGGCACUGGCUAGGGCUACCGAGCAUUCUCUCCUGAGGACAGCAACAUGAGAGAAGCUUCCAAUAAACGUUAGAUGAGUUGCACCUUUCCACUUGAAUGACCUAAAAUAGGUGGCAGUCCUUAGUGUGUGGAUGUCCCAAAUUGUCAGUGCAAAGCUCAGCCAUGCAUUGUUGCCCCUUCCAAAUGUAUGGACCUGUUUUUGGUUCUGAACAGAGCGAUGAGAAUGCAGAGACUGUUUAAACCCUGAAGGUGCAUUAAUCUGGUCAGUAGAAAAACCCUGUGAAUAAACUGAGGUUCACCUGGUCCCCAUGAGGAAGAGGGGAGCUCAUUGGCUGCUGGCUCUAGGACUGGAAGGGACCUUUGAGAUAAGCUGCUCCUCAUCCCAUUUGACAGAUAAAGAAACCAGGGUAAAAAGAGUAAAUUGACCUUAAAUCAAGCAGUAUAUCGUCUGAGUCAAUACCGACUUUCUGACUCCAAACCCAUUUGCAAACUGGGUCUAAAAGACCCAAAGCUCAAAAGAUUUCUACAGAUUUCCACUUAAAAACCAAAAAUGCUUCUAUCGCCCCUGCUGCCAUGUUUCUUCGAGCUUGGUUGGAAAGCGGAUAGCUUUGAUUCUGUUUUCCCAAGGCUUGGGACCCGACGCGACGCAGGGCAGUGUGGUUCUGAGGUUCAUCUAGGGCUCAGGCAAAAGCUUUGGGAUUUGUCUUCCUCUCUGGCCAUUUCUGUUCCAUCCCAUAGAUUUUUACAUUGGGCGUUCAAAUGCAUGCUCCAUAGAACCGUCUUUUACACAUAGGUGGGGGAGAACGGCUUUAAAAAUAGAGGGCAAGACACUCAGCAGCCCCCAGACCCAUGUCUGAACACCCUGCAAAAUGCUGCUGCCGCCACCAGUUCAAGUCAGGUGGCAGAAAUCUGUCCGCGUUAAAAAAACAAAGUGCUGCUACUUUGGGAGCUGCUAGAGAAGGGACACGCCGAGGCAAUCUGUGUCCGAGGACGGGCUGGCUGCCCUGUAACCAAAGUCCCUCUCUGUCCUCUCGGUCAUUUCCUGUCCUGUCCAUGUGUUGUCCAGAACGCAAAUUGCAGAAAUGUACAAAUCGACUCCAAUGAGAUAUUUUUGUAUAUAUAAAUAAAUAAAGACUUACUAUUGC